AUGGCGCGGGGCCGUCGUGGUCGCCCGGCUUCAGUUCGUUCUCGUGUUUCGAGAGUCAACGCGGACAUUGAAGACCCUGUUGUCCGGCCGUCCAGAACAAGAGAACAUCGAAGUUCAGGCCGCCGUAGUUCUCGUUCACAUGUUGCAGCUUCAAGCGGUUCUGGCCGUAGUUCUUCGCCUUCGCGAAGGAGUGUCCGCGAGCGUUCGCACCGUAGAAGUCGUUCCGCUUCUCGCAGCCCUGAGCCCCCAACUUGGGCGAAGGAAAUCUUAAAGGCUCUGGAGGCGAAAACGGAGGAGGUCAAGGUUGUCAAGGAACAGCUUUACUCACUAAAACGCAAGUCUACAGAAGAGGAGCCCGAGUUCAAAUAUAAGAGUAACAAGAAACAGUUCAAGUUCAACACUGACGUCAAGGAUAAGUUCAACCAGAUUUUAGAGAGGGCUGAGGCGGAUGACGCGAUCACCAAGAUUGCCAACGAAGGUAUGUCACUCCUUGAUAACAGAAAUAAGCUUAUUUCUAUUGCUGACCGGGAUGGCUGGGACGUGGUAGAAUAUUUUGAGGCGGACCCACUCACUAAAAAUGACGAAGAAGAAAAGAAACUUCGUGUCGCUGCAAGAAGGAAGCAGAGAGGUCUCGGGAGAAGCGAAAUCGAAAAAAUAGCCUGA